AUGACGGGCGAGUCGACCUACGACCAGCCCGGGGCCCAGGCCGAGGAGUGGACCCAGGUCUACGACGACUCGGGCAACGUCUACUGGUACAACCAGGCCACGGGCGCGUCCCAGUACGAGGACCCCUACGACCAGCAGCAGGGCGGUUACGACGAGGGCGGCGGGGCCGUGGUCCAGUACGACGAGUACGGCCAGGCCGUCGAGCCCUACUACGACCAGGCGCAGCAGUACGCCGAGCCGGACCCGAACGGCGACUGGGCCCAGUACCAGGACGAGGCCGGCAACUGGUACUGGUACAACCAGGCGACGGGGGAGAGCACCUACGACCAGCCGGCGUAA